UUCAUUUGAUAACGCAGCUACCUAAAAUUGAUAAGAAAAAAAACACGUACUGUAUCUGAAAAGUUUAAAUUAUGAUUUGUCUUUGAAUUUUCCUAUUAUACGCGAGUAACUAGUUGAUCUCAUACUAGGUAUUAAGGGGAAUGUUGUGACCGUCAUUCUUCUAAUAAUUCCACUCGAGGAUGAGAACGUAUCCUGUUACAAAUUUUAACGACAUUCCAGCACGGUGAUGGAGUCUACAUCAUGGCGAUUACCGUGCAUUUUCGCUCUUGCGUUACUAUAUUUUGUGCCAUUCACAAGUGCAGUGGAGAAUAUCAUCUUGGCGCAUAUAGACGAAAAUGACUUGCGAGGCAUUAUCCAGUUUAAGAAGUCUCCAUCCGAAGAUAUCGUUACCGUGACCGGAUUUAUUAAAUCGCUGAGCAAUGGAACUAGUGAAAAUGUAUCAUGGAACAUUAGGCAACUGCCCGUCGACUAUACCAUUUUUGAUGACAGAUGUUCGAAUCAAAACCUGGGACCAAUACGACAAAAUCUGGAUUCGAUGUUCGGUCGACUGGGUAUUAAUAGAGAUGUAGAAUUUUCGGUAUCUACCAAUAUAUUAGUUCUGACUGGCAGCCAAGGUAUAUGGCAAAGUUCUUUAGUACUAGAAUUACCCGAUGGUAAACGUUCCUGCGCCACAUUGGUGGUAUCCAAAGACACAGAUAUUAAGGUCGCCGAAGCAAAGUUGUACGGUCCGGUUUUCGGUACUGUGUAUUUUUUCUGGAUUGGAAUUACCGGCUCGGUUACCGACGCGGUAAUCAUUUCAGAUCUGUACCAUAUUCAUAAACAUAAGUUGGUCAGCAGUCAACACAAAUGGGGCAUCUUUGUCACUGAUAUAUUAGAAACUACGCAUGAUAAAAUUAGGUUGGAGUGUAAUACGCUCCAGUUGCCAUAUAACGAUUUGGGUGAUAUGAGUUCAAAACUAGGCCAUUUAAAAACAGGCAAAAAAACAAUUUUUCGCGACCCUACAUUCGCUCCAAUUGAUCUGUACCAGAAUGAUCACACGUACUACGUGCUUGUUUACGACGAUAUUCACAAAGACAGUUUUUCGAGUUGCGCUUCCAUUUCUUCGCUUCCAGAAAUUGCACUAAAAUCUCUAAUCGACGAAGAUGGUUUCAAAGUGAAUGUGACGUUGAGUCAAAGGUCGCCGUUCGAUCCGACUUUUGUGCGUGCAGAUUUUGGUUGGACGAACGAUAAUGAAAUUGGUGGCUUGAGAAUACAUAGUUUGCCUGUUUUACGCAACUACUACGAAUACAAAGCCGACGGGUGUUACGGAAUCAGAGACGUUUUUAAUCCCACUAACAAAGCGAUCGGUGGUGAAGCUCCUUUUCCUGAAAAUAGAACGCAAGAUAUGUACGCGAUUGGAGAUUUGUCUGGAAAAUUGGGCUAUCGUAUCAAAUCUAAUGUGGACAGUUUUCUGCCAUUAUCUGGGCGAUUCAGCGUGUUUCACAGAAGCAUAGUGAUUUACCGGAAUGGAAAAUCGGGUGUUGAAGAACCCUGGUUGUGUGGAGUACUGAGUCCGUUUUUGAACGAAAAUUCCGACAUUAAAUUGCCCAUGGUUACUGCCGAAGUAAUCUUUCAGUAUCCUAUAUCGGGUAAAAUAUUGUUUCGGCAGUUGGCUAAUCAAGAAUACUCGGAUACGGUGGUCAUCGUGGAAUCUUUGUUAUAUUCGGACGGUUCGACUGAGUUAGAUACUUCUCAUCAUAAUUGGACGAUUAAUGAAAAACCACCUGGCAAAGAUUAUUACAGUUGGCAAAAUCGUUGUUUCAGUGCCGAAUCGGUUUUUAAUCCAUUUAAACUUCCUGAAGGUAGCAAUUUAGGUCCGGUUAACGCGUUUAGUUUCGCCUAUCUUUCCUCUACCCUUAGCACUUUGACCAUUGUAGCGAGAAAAGUCAGAGCCAUUGAAAAUAGUCGUAACUUUUUUGUCGCUGCUAAUCUACCAUUAACUGGUCAUCAUUCUAUAAUUGGUAAAUCGCUUGUAAUUUACGAUGAAAAUGGACCGAAAGCUCGUGGAAAUCGAUUAGCUUGCUCGGUAAUUUUACCUGUGAAUCGAAGAAAAGCAGUAGUACGUGAUUGGUUCGGAAAUGGCGAAUAUGCCGGAAUAAUGGGAGACAUAGAAAUGUACCAGAUGUCGAAUUAUGAUACCGUUGACAUCGAAAUGGACGUUCAAGGGUUGCAGGAUGUUCAAGAAUACCACAUUCAUAUGGUACCAAUUGAAGAAGAACUGCAGUUCCCGUGUGAAAACUCGUCCAUAUACGAUGUGUGGAAUCCGCUAAAUAUUUCAUCUGCGUCCGCUUCGUAUUCGACGGGCCUUAAAACCAACGACCAAUUCAAGAUGGGUGACUUGAGUGCCAAAUUCGGUGAUUGGAAUGACAUGAUGACGGUAAAUAGUGUACAUAAUGAUUCCAACCUUCAAAUGUUUGGACAUCAUUCUUUACUCGGCCGAUCUUUCGUAGUUAUGAAAAAACAGUCAGAUAAAAGAUGGGCAUGCGCCACGAUUGAACGAGGUUACUCGCCUCUAGAAGCUCGAGAAUUACGUGCCAUUGCAUCUUUCCAUCAUCCUCAAGGAUUUGUAUACGGAUACAUUCGAAUGACUCAAUUAAUUCACGUUGAUGGCUCCAAGAGCGACACAGUCAUCGAAGUGAACCUCAGACAUGCUGGGAAACAAAAUCGAAACGUGACUCACGGUCAUUUUUGGUUGGUAUACGUUAACCCAGUCGGAGUAGAUGCGACAGUUGAAGCCAAACACACUCGUUGUACAGCUGCCGGAUAUGUAUGGAAUCCUAAUUUUAUUCAGUUAGCUGCGCCGAUUAAUGAUGUGUUAUAUUAUGCGGAGUGUGGCCCCGAUCAACCUUAUCGAUGUUAUGCUGGCGAUCUUUCAGGUCGACUUGGCACCAUUUCUAUCGGCGCCGAAAGAAUGGUUUUUUCCGACUGUAAUUUACCUCUUGAAGGCGACAUUUCGGCCAUGGGGAAAUCUAUAGUGAUACUGGACAAGAAUCAAGGACACGAUAAGUUUUCUUGCGCCAAUAUCGAACCCGAUAAAGACAUCAUUAAAUAUGCCAAUAUUCGAAGAUCGCCCAAAUUUGUAUUAUCGCAAUUUUUAACUGAAGUCAGAGAGAUUUUAGGCGCACCAGAAUGGAUGUUGACUGUGGAUAAUAGAAAAACCAAAGUGUUACAUAACGGAGCCUGCAUUCAGUUAUUAUUUCACUUCAAAGGUCCGAGUGCUAGUGAAAUAGAACAAGAUUUCAGCCGUUUAAUGAGAACUGGAAAAUUACAAUCUCCUACUAUUAGUAAUCCUGGUUAUAAUCUUCCUGUCAGUCGUAAAAAACAACUGAAUUAUCAGAAUUGCCCUUCCAGAGAUGCUGAUAAUAAGAAACGAUUAUCUGGUAAUGGUGCUGCUAACAAAGGAAGCGCAGGCUUAGUCACUGCCGCUAUCCUGAUUGUGAAAGGAUUUCUUUUGCUGAACUUGAGAUGGUGGUAGUGGAGAUAAUAAUGAUUUGAAUGCUUCACCUACCGCCGUACUUUGCUUCUUAGAUAAGUACCUAACUCAUCAGUAUUAUAUUUUGUGUACCUAAUUACCUGCGGGUAAUCCGUAUUUUAUUAUUAUUUUUUUUUACCAUUUCGUAAUGUAUUUAUUGUUGCUUUUUUACUGUAUUAAAAAUAUAAUUCGUUUGUUUUCGUUAAA